CGUGCGUGGCCGUUGUUUUUUACGAAGAAAAAACUACUAAAAGGAGAGGUGAAUAAAUGUUUUCAUUCAUGUGGUGGAAGCUCGCAAUACUGAGCACAUCGCGAGUGUGUGAAAUUGUGAAAUUAAUAAUAUUAUUUUAAUUCAACAUGGACGUCACUCUCAAAAUACUUCUGGUGAUCUCAAUUCUGGCUCCAGCAUACACGGCUCCUAGAAAUCCAAGACUGACUCUAUUAGACUAUGAGCCUGCCCAUUAUUACCACGAAUAUGACAAAAACCCACACGCGUAUUCAUUUAGCUACGAUGUAGCGGACCCAGCGACUGGUAACAAUCAGUACCGAGCUGAGCAGCGUCAUGCAAAUGGGACGGUCACAGGCAGCUAUGGCUACAUAGACCCUUAUGGAAAACCUGUCAGAUACAAGUACAUUGCUGACAGUUUAGGUUACAGGGUAUAUUCAGAUUUACCAACCCCAAAACCAUUGCCCAUUGCACUGGUUAGUGAACCUACAGAACCUUCCAUCACAUGGACCAGACCUCCAAAACCUCACAAGAAGAAAGUCUUCGUUGAUAUCGUUGGACAACUUGGAUCAUUUUUAACCAAAACUAAUCUUCUAUAAUAUAAAAAUAAGUCGGGAUUUCCUUCCUGGGCGCUAUAACUCCAGAACAUACAUACAUUCAUACAUACAUAACCUCACGCCUGUCUCCCAUGGGCAGAGACAAUGGAACGCCAAUUGCCACGGUUCUUACACACUUCUAUCGCUUCAUCAACAGUCAUCAGUCUUUUCAUGCAUGCUCGUCGGUUAAAGGUACUUCACUUACAAUCUGGUCGCAAUAUGUCCGUCUGGGGCGCCCUCUACCGACGGUCCCACUAAAGCAAAAUUCCAGGCACCCUUAUCCGUGGCCGAUGUCUCCACUUCAUCGCCAGUCCCGCUAUUCUAGCUAUAACGAGGAAGUGGUCACUACCGACAUUCGUACCACGGUAAACCCUGGAAUCUUUAGUUUUCGUCCUCAAUCGUUCAUCUACAAUCACAAAAUCAAUCAUACUCCUUUCUGUAUGUCUCUGCCAUGUAUACAUGUGGAUUUUCUUGUUAAAUAUUGUAUUGGUCACAAGAAGUUUUUUCUCGACACAUAUACCCAGAAGACAUACCCCAUUCUCAUUCACUCUUUCAUCUCCAAAUCGCCCUAAAACUCUUUCGUACCCAUCGCGUGCCACCCCAACCCAUCCAUUAAAAUCCCCUAGCAUAAUUAUUCUUUCAUUCUCUUUACAUUCAUUCAGUACAUCUCUCAAGUUAUCCCAGAAUUCUUCCCCUUUGACAUGUCUGGGGCGUAGGCACUGACUAUAAAUAAUUUGGUCAAGCCUAUUUUGAGGCGAAUCCAAAGUAUUCUGGGAUUAACACAUUUAUACCCUUUCACACAUUCAUUCAUUCUUUCAGAUAGAAUAACUCCCACCCCCUGGCUGCCCCUCUGGGAACUUGCCACACUAGACCAGUACGCAAAGUAUUGGCCAUGGGUGGUAGCUACACCAUCCUUUCUUUUAGUCACACUCACUCCUAACACAUCAAUCUUUCUCAUGUUCAUCAUCUCACAUAUCUCUACCAUUUUACCUUCUACACCUCCACACACAUUCAGUGUGGCAAAAAGGCAAUUCUCAUAUUUUUAUUGAAAGGAAAAGGGAAUGGGGUAAUUAGUAAGGAAUUGUGAGUCUGUAGGAUAGGAGAGCUGUGGGAGUUACGACUACCCCUGCAAGACAGUGGUGAUCGAAAACUUCCUCAGCUCGAAGGUUGACGGGGACACUGCAGAAACGGAGGGAUAUGAGGAAAGUUCUUGCAGCAGCUCGGGAGGCCAGGGUCGCGUCCCUAUCUGUUCCUUCCUUUAUGCUCGGACAGACUAUAAAGGUAAGAACAGCCCUAUCCGAACUAACUCCAGAACACACGAACCGAUUUCCACGGUUUUGCAUUCGUUGGAAAGGCCUCGUGCUUCGUGAGGUUUAUAGUAAAGAAAAUUCAGGAAAAAUUUCAAGAGAAAAGCAUGAAAACAGAGAAAAUCAUUGGUGGCGAAACGGAGUUCGUCGGGUUUGCUAGUUUUGUAUAAAAAUAACAAACAUGAAGGCUUCAGUACCGUAUUGCAUUUAACAAUAUAUGAGUCAGAUUAUUUAUUAGAAGUUAAUUUAUUUAAUUUAUGUAAAGUAUUUGGGAAUAAACUAUUAUAAGCAACGAU